CCCUCAAUGCAACUUGUUAUUCCCUUCAUAAAAAAGGCUCUAUGGCUGCUGUGAUUUCCAGUUUAGGCUUCUUCUAGUUCUUGCAAACAGCCUGUCGCCAAACUGCAAGAUGUCUGGUCGUGGGAAGAAAGCUGUCUCCAAAUCGAAGACUCACACAAGUCGCUCAGUUAGGGCAGGUCUCCAGUUUCCUGUAGGCCGAAUUCACCGUCUGCUGAAGAAGGGACAUUACGCUAACCGCAUUGGUACAGGAGCUGCAGUCUACCUCGCUGCCAUACUGGAGUAUCUCUGCGCUGAAGUCCUGGAGCUGUCGGGCAACGCAGCCCGUGACAAUAAGAAGUCGCGCAUUGCUCCACGGCACAUCCAACUAGCUGUGCGGAACGACGAGGAGCUGAACACGCUGCUGGGUGCGGUCACCAUAUCGGAGGGUGGUGUUCUUCCAAACAUCCAAGCCAUGUUACUCCCCAAGAAGACCAAGCUACCUAAAGACGACGGCAGCAAUGCCAAAGACGUCCAGUCUCAAGAGUUUUAAAAUGUACCUUACAAGCUUUUACCGCAAAUUUUCACCGUUUUCCUUAAUAAAAUAACACAUUUAAAGAAUG